AUGGUAUGUGUGCAGGUUAUCAAUGCUGACACGAUCGACGCGGCUGCUCAACUAAUUCUUCAUGAGCUCAAGGGCGACAGCAACAAUGUCAUCUACUUCGAUGGCUGGGACGGGAUGGGGGCGUCUGCUGUCCUUCGAGCCGUCGCCCAAUGCUUUGACGUGGCCUCUAAGGUCCCAGUGGGACUGCAAUUUGAUCAAAUCAUCCACGUCGACUCCUCAAAGUGGCAGAGCAAGAGAGCACUUCAGAGGGCGAUAGCAGAGCAGCUGGACCUGCCCGCAGAGGUGAUGGGGAUGUUUGACAGGCAAGAUGAGGAGGAGGAUUACUAUGGGGUGGCCCAGGGCUCCCGUGCCGAGAUACCGGAAGUCCUCAAGGCGAUGUAUCGACGCAUCAAGGAGCUGAACCGCAGGUUCUUGGUGAUCUUCCACAAUGGGAGCAGCGAGGAGAUUGACCUAGGCAGCUACGGCUUUCCUUUGUCUGAACACUAUGACAACAAGGUGCUGUGGACUUUCCAAGGGAGAUUCCGGCUCUACCCCAAGAUGAAGGUUGACAGGGCCUUGAACAAGAGCACUGAAGGGAGGGUGGCGACCUACCUUGUUCUCUUGGCCUCCUCCCACAUUGAGGGUCGAGAUCCACAAGAGAUGUGGUCCUCCCUUGUGCGACAAGAAGCUGCAGAGAUCAUCACUAAUACUACUGGCGGGCCUGCACGAGUUGCCGAGUUCUUCAUCUUGUUCAUGAUGAGGCUUUGUUGCAUAUCUUAUAACUUGAUGAUGGACUACGAUUUGGCUACCCAUGCCUGCAACUACUGGGUGUGUGAUGGCGUCCGACACCUACAACAGGGAGACAGUACUGGUGAUGGCAACGACGUAUCAUGGAGAUCAGCAGAUGCUCUGCACCUUGAGAUGCAACUGGAUUUGGACUACUACCACUAUAACCACCAAUAUUUCCCCUCUCACCUGCUAUACCGGACUUCACCAUUCUCUGGAUUUCUUUUGCUCCCUAAUGCAGACUUGUUCCAAGACUUGGGCAAGAUUACUGUGCUGAAGCUUUCACGCCGCACCUUCAGCUUCACAUCACCUCCGUUUGUCCACUGCCACAACCUUAAAUUUCUAUGGCUUGACCACUGCCAAGACCAAGAGAUGAUCAGUAGCAGCAUAGAUGGCUUCCUUCAGGAUGAAAAGAAGAAACUCACCCAAGAUGAAGAUGGAGCUGCAGCAAAGGAGUACAUCCAGCAGUGCUUCAAAAGGCUCUGGGUGUUAGACAUCCGCUACACACCCUGCAAUCAGAUCUUGUCUGCACAAAUGAUGGAUGCCAUGACUCAGCUCAGGGAGCUAAAUGUGAUGGGAGCUGAGGAUUGGGACAUGGGCCAGGUGCAAGGACGGCUUCCUAACAUCUGCAAGCUCCGAAUAACCAAGUCAGCAAUCCGCUGCCCAUCAGGAAAUGACGCCGACCUCUUGUUGUCAGGAAUGGACAAGGUGCAGCUUCUUGACUUUUCUGGGAACCAGAUCAUGAAAGAGAGUGGCAAGAAAAGCUUACCUACGACAAGCUUACCUGUGGCAAGCAGCCUGGAGACUGUCAUCAUCAAUGACGGAUGUGUUGGGUUAGAGAAGAUUUCCUUCAGGGGGUGUGCCAAACUGAAGAAUAUCCUAUUGAAAGGAUCGUUCCAAGAGCUUCGAAUCCUGGACGUCUCGGGCACAGCAGUGAAAACACUGGAUCUCAGUGCAGUUACAGCAGCCCAAAAACUUGACGAGCUCCUUCUAUUUGACUGCGGCAAGCUCUGCGCAAUCCUGUGGCCACCACAAGAGGUAAUUAGGAGAGCAUUGUUGAGGAAAGUGUGCAUUGACACUACCAUGCAGACCUCAGUAUCAACUGCGCCCCGAUCCAGAGAAGAAAAAGCAAAGGAGGGUAGUCCUGUUGCUACGACGACAGGACCCCGAGCACCAUCUGAAUGUGAUCGGUUUGUCUCUGUGAGGGAUGCGAGGCUCCUGCGUUCACUUGUUCCCUUGGAAGAGCACUUCAAUUUCGUUGUGCAUGUGGAGAUUUCCUCUCCACUUAGUCAUCCUGCUAUCAUCUCUGGAGGAGGUAGCAAAGAUGCUGACAGCAGCAGGAGCAGUGAGCAGCCACCGCUUGAAGACGGUAACGGCGGCCACAUGCAGCAACUGAUGGCAAGCGAAGGCGGCGGCAGGGGUGAAGAAGCUCCAACAAUCACACAGAUAUCCCCUUGCCCGCGUGCUCCUAAUCUACCGUCCCAGAACUGCUACACGUACAUACAAGACCAUGACCAGCAUCCGAUGACCUUUACAAUACCGGACUUCAUCUGUGAUAGAGCUAUGAUCCUACACGUCCACGAUAGUCUGUCCAUCAGCAGUAUCCCUGGCCCUGCACCUCUACAAGGUUCACAGUGGACAAACCUAAAAUGGUGCCGAGUUGAGCGGUGCCCCAUGCUGGAGUGCCUCUUCACCGCACCCCGGUCGUUGUUAGGAGAUGGCGACGCUUGCGUCUUUUACUCCCUGAGCACAUUCUGGGCGUCGCAGCUUCCCAAGGCACGCUUCAUCUGGAACUGGCGGAGCUCAUCAUCCUCAAGAAUCAGAAAGCUUCCGAGUGGAUCGUUUCUUUUCCUGGCCAUGUUGCACCUGGACUGCUGCCCCAGCCUGAUACAUGUACUCCCGAUGCCAAUCCAAGGUCUACGCGUCCUGCGGACCCUCGAGAUCAUGUGGUGUGGUGAUCUUGUCGAUGUCUUCCCAUUGGAGCCAAACACCGCAGGCCAUUCGACCCUGGAAUUCCAUAGUCUUAAGCACAUCUGCCUUCAUGAGCUGCCGAAGCUGAAAGGCAUAUGUGGUAGAUGGAGGGUGUACGCGCCUAAGCUCGAGACCAUCAGGAUCAAGGGAUGCUGGAGCCUCAGGCGCCUGCCCAAUGUCCGUGGUGGUAGCAGGGUCGAGUGCAGCUGCGAAAAGGAGUGGUGGGACAGCCUGCAGUGGGAGCGGGGAAACCCUAACCACAGCCCUUCCCUCUACGAGCCCAUCCACUCGCCGCAUUACAAGAAGCACCUGCUCCGGAGAACUGUGCUCAGAUGA